AUGGCUGAUGUGACUGAAGGUACAGGUAGCCACAUUUCCCCCACACCUCUUGUCUCGAACUCUCUCAUUUUUUCCUACACGCCUUCCCACUUUGCUUUGUCCACCCUCACGCCCCUCCCUUCCAUUCGUCCUGUCCUUAUCCCGCACCUCUUCUUGCCCCCCUCCCCCACUCGCCCAUUCCCCACUCACUCCUCCCCUCCUCCACCUCCCAACACACUUCGGUUUCCUCUCGCUCCUCGUCAUUUACUCCCAAACACCCCUCCCCUUACUCUCACCCGCCCCUCCUUUCCACUUGCACAUCUUCCCUCUAUUAAAGAUAAAGGAAGGACAGUGAGAAAAGCUAGAGGAAAACGAGACGAAGUAGAGAGAGGAAAGCUAGAGGUAAAGGACGAAGAGGUAGGGAGAGGAAAGUUAGAGGUAAGGGACGAAGAGGUAGAGAGACGAAAGAUAGAGGUAAAGGACGAAAAGAUAGAGAGAGGAAAGCUAGAGGUAAAGGACGAAGAGGUAGUGAGAGGAAAGUUAGAGGUAAGGGACGAAGAGGUAGAGAGAGGAAAGAUAGAGGUAAAGGACGAAAAGAUAGAGAGAGGAAAGAUAGAGGUAAAGGACGAAGAGGACGAAGAGGUAGAGAGAGGAAAGUUAGAGGUGAAGGACGAAGAGGUAGAGAGAGGAAAGUUAGAGGUAAAGGACGAAGAGGUAGGGAGAGGAAAGCUAGAGGUGAAGGACGAAGAGGUUGGGAGAGGAAAACUAGAGGUAAAGGACGAAGAGGUAGAGAGAGGAAUACUAGAGGUAAAGGACGAAGAGGCAGGGAGAGGAAUACUAGAGUUAAAGGACGAAGAGCUGGAGUGA